AUGGACAACUUCUACAAGUUCUACCUGUUAGCCUACGAAGUUAGCACAACUAUUUUCGACUUGGUUAUCACGAUGUUCGGACAGGUUGUCACGAUGUUUCCGAUUUGGGCAGCGCAUUCGGAACACGGUGUUUUUUGGCGGGUUUUCGGGUGGAAUACACAUUGGACUGUGGUGGGUUGGGAUUCCGAAUUUGAUCUAUUCAUCUUUUCAUCGGCGACAAAAUUGGCUCGCCACAAAAAAAAAAAGUGAAAAAAGAAAAACUUUGAAAGUUUGAACACCAAUAAUCAUCCAAUUUACCCGAGAGACCACUUUUAAAAGUUUUUUUCCGGAAAAAAAUUCGCAAAAAAUUGGAUGACGAAAUUUUUCGGGAAAAUUAAAAUUGAAUUUCAAUUUAAAAAAUUUCAAAUUUGUAUAGGAGCUGAGCCUAGAGAACAUAAUUAUAUAGAAAGCUCGCCUAGAAAACCUACAUGAAUAGGUCUCGCUUCUAGAUAACCUAUAUGUAUAGGGCCCGCGCCUAGAAAACAUUGUUGUAUAGGAGCCGCGCCUAGAGAAGCUAAGCGUAUAGAGCCCACGUGUAGAAAACAUCGUUGUAUAGGUCUCGCGCCUAGCGAACCUUUUUGCUUAGGACUCACACCUAGAGAAAAUUUUUGUAUAGGGCCCGUGCCUAGAGAACAAAAUUGUAUAGGGUCUGUGCCUAAAGAUCCUACUUGUAUAGGAAUCGUGCCUAGAGAACCUAAUUGUAUAGGAAUUGCGCCUAGAGAAACUACUUGUAUGGGAUCCGCCCCUAGACAACCACUAUAACAAGCAGCCAAUCCUUGAGAGACAGUGUGGCUGAAUUUCUGACAAAAUUCCAAUUUUUAGCUGUACAAAAUUUGAAAAAAUGUCGAGUUUGGUCUCAAAAUGACCAGAAUUUCAGCGUCAAUCCCAAUUUUCAGGUAUCAAUAAUGGCAUUCGCCUCAAUCCAACUCACAACUCUCUCAAUGUGCUAUCUCAAAAAGCAUCAGACAAUCAACAAUCUCACCGACACUCGAUUCUUCCACAUCUCCCCGAAUAAUUCCAGAUUACUAAUUGCAAGCAUCUCAUUAGCUCUGGCCAUACAAACUUUCAGCUUCUCAAUGACCGCCAAAUCAAAAGCUGAGCAGAUGAAGUUGGUGAAAAUUCUCUAUCCAGAAUUUUGGAUGAAUUUCGAGAGAAUUCCGAGUUUUGUGAUCUACGAGAAACAAUUUAUCAUGUUUUUUUUGCUGGUGACCGGAUCGAUUUGUCAAGUUUCAGUAGGAAUUUUGAUUUUUGUGCUGACUUCUCAUAUGCUAUAUAUUUUGCACAAAAAUAAUCGAAAGGUUUCGGGAAUCAUGUAUACAAAACAAAAAAUUGCUUUGUACGGAUUACUUGCUCAGGUUAGCCUAAAAUAAAUGAAUCAAUACAAUUUUGAGUCAUUUUUUUUGCAGACCUCAACGUAUUCUUGCAUGCUCAUCCCAAUCGCAUGUGCUGUUGUUAUAAUUGCCUUGGAUCUACAACAUAUCACAAAUGUUUCGCUGAUUUUUAUUCUGAUGUUCUCCACGCAUUCCUCAUUGAAUUGCAUAGUUAUGAUUUUCACGACAGCCUCGUUUCGAAAAUGGAUUUUGGAGAAGGUUUUUUGUAGAAAGACUUCGAAUAAUUUGGUGAAUGUUAAAAUUAGUAUGGCUAAUCGAGAAACCUGA